GUUAAAAAUACUUACAUACAAAAAAUUGAAAAAAAAUUAAUAUUUCAAAGACUUGAAAAAAAAAAUUUGGAGAUAUCAAAAAAAAAUUAAUCAGCUCUCAAAUCGUUUAUGUUGAUCUCUGUUCUAGAAAUUAUUAUGUCAUACAUAUUUAAAGCGUAUGGCAAUUCAUCGUAAUAAACGUAUACAUUGUAGUCUAGAAUUGACAGCAUCUUUUUAAUUAAUUUGAUGACGGUUUCGAUCGGAUCAUUCACUGAAAUCCGAAUUGGGCCAAUAGGCGCUAUGGUUACUUUCGACUCAUCCCAGCGGAAUCUACUUCCGCAAUAUACAAUUGGAAAUGUGUUUCUGUCAUGUAUAAAAAUGUCAACGAAUGCUGUCACACUUUUUUUUGCAAUAUUUGAGAUUUCAAAAAUUUGUACCAUCUGAAAAAAAAUUGAAUUAAUUAAUUUGUUCUACCAUGUAUAAGUAAUUUUACCAAGAUGUUGUGUUUCCAUGCUAUGCCAGAGAAAGAUAACAAAGUAUUUGCCUACACCUUGUAUGUAUUAUGGUGCGUGAGGUUUUUCCAAAACAAUGUAACUGGAUAACUGGAGAAGGUAGAAAAGAUAUGGAAUUUUGCUAAAAGAUAAGAUUUGUUUCCAUAUCUGGAGGUUUGUCAAUGUACAGUACGUACUUCUUAUGCUUGCUUGUUUGAGGUGUUCAAAGGUGUAUUGUGAACCAGAAAAAAAAUCUUGAUUUUUAUCAGUUUUGUGUGUAAAAUUUUUGUGAAAAGUUGAUAUAUUUUUUUUAUUUUAUUUUCUUAUUUUAUUCCUUUUUAAUUAAUUUGAGUUACAAUGGAUUCUCAGAACAAUGACUUUCUUGCUGGUAAGUGAAUUUUUGAUUCUAUUUUUAUCAUUAAAUUGGUGUAUUUUUUUUCAAAAAAUUGUAGGGGGGAAUAAAUUUUGAUUAUAAUUUUAAGGGUUUUCGUGUUAAAUAAAUAAUUAUGGAAUUUCUCAAUUUUUAGGUUUGAAUGAAAUAGAUUUUGAAAGUGAGGAAUUUCAGCCUGUAGACUUCAUCCAGGAGAUGACAAAUGCUGAACAACCAAAUGAGACAAGUUUAAAUGCUAUGAUCCUCGAAUUGGAAAUGCCAAAAAAUUCCACCGUGGAGCCCCAGAUGGAGCCGCAGAUGGAGCCCCAGGCGGGACCAUCUAGCAUAAAUUUAGUACCAGAGCCUCAGAUUGCUGAACCACAGGCAACUGGACAUCAUUUUGUUGAGGUUCCUAGGUCAAAUAGAACUGUUGAUCAAUUCAGAUUUCCACUACGACAUUCAUACUUGAAAGCUGAUGGUGUUACGAAGGGAUUCUUAACACAUAAUGACCCUAGGGCCAUGUGUGUUGAUUACGAAUUAGGCUUUAACAGCCCAUGUAUGUCUACACGGUGCUGGUUUUAUAAUAGCCACUUUUGGUCUAUUCAUAAGGACUUAAUGGAAACAAUAAAAGUUCGGUUCGAAGGAGGUAUGGUGAAUAUUAAUGUAAUUCAGGUCCAUCCGCAGUUUAAGAUAUUAUUUCCCUUUACUUAUCAAAACUAUGUGGAUCUCAAAAGAAAUAUCAUUAGAUUUGGGCCAUCCUAUGAUGAAUGUUACUUAUGGUUACCUACGAGAUCACUGGAAACGUCACCAUUGAGGCACCGUUCAAACGUUUAAGUUGAUAUCAAGCAAGUCCGAAGAAAGAGUGAGAAAAAAAAAUUGUAAAAAGUAAUUUUAAUUAACCUGUAAAAAAAAAGAAAAAUAUUAAUUUUUGUACAGUUAUUAGAUAUGUAUGUAUUUAAACUAAUUGUUUUUUUUUUGUUUUUUAUACGUAUUUUUAUAGAAUAAAUUAUACAAUAAGAAAAA